GGGCCUCUUGGUUUGGAUGGCAAACCAGGACCUCCAGGACUGAAAGGGGAAAAGGGUGAAGCAGGGGACAUCGGCCCGAGGGGUGAUCAAGGUCGAGAUGGAGCCACUGGCCCCCCUGGUCCUCCAGGACCCCCAGGUGCCCGAGGGCCUCCUGGUGACACGGGAAAAGAUGGCCCAAGAGGACCUCCAGGCCCCCCUGGUUUCAAAGGCGAACCAGGAGAGGAUGGCCUCAUGGGUGCCAGGGGACCUCCAGGACCAAAGGGUGAGCCUGGCAUCCAAGGAAAAAAGGGUGAUGAUGGGAUCCCUGGGGAACCAGGACUGAUGGGCCCUAAGGGGGAAAAAGGAAGCGCAGGUCCCAAGGGAGAGAAUGGCACAGAUGGCUUGCCAGGACCCAAGGGUGAAUCUGGUGAGAAAGGAGGAAUCGGCUCCAUCGGACCCCGGGGUCCCCCCGGCCUGAAAGGGGAACAGGGUGACACUGUUGUGAUCGACUACGAUGGCCGAAUCUUGGAUGCGCUCAAGGGUUCACCAGGUCCCCCAGGGCCACCGGGCCCCCAAGGUGCUCCAGGUCCCAAGGGGGAGCUGGGCUUGCCGGGUCCACCUGGACUGGAUGGUGAAAAGGGUCCCAAAGGAGCGAAGGGUGACCAGGGCAGCGCAGGGAUCACGGGGCAGAAAGGAGAGACGGGAGAAAUGGGUUUAUCGGGUCCACCGGGAGCAGAAGGGCCAAAAGGAGAUAAAGGAGAAAAAGGAGACACCGGCUCACCGUGUUUGCAGAAUAAUCAUAUCAUACCUGAGCCAGGACCCCCUGGACUACCCGGCCCUAUGGGUCCUCCAGGAAUCCAGGGGCCUAAAGGCUUGGAUGGUGCAAAGGGAGAAAAAGGUGACAGUGGUGAGAAGGGGGACCAGGGCGACACUGGACCUGCUGGUCUCCCGGGUGCUCCAGGGCUCAUUGGUUUACCCGGUACCAAAGGAGAGAAGGGAAAGCCGGGGGAGCCAGGAUUGGAUGGUUUCCCAGGUCUCAGAGGAGAGAAAGGAGAGAGAAGUGAAAGAGGCGAGAAGGGUGAGAGAGGAAUACCAGGGAGAAAAGGAGCCAAAGGGCAGAAGGGAGAACCAGGCCCUCCUGGACUGGAUCAGCCUUGUCCCGUGGGACCAGACGGACUACCAGUAGCAGGAUGUUGGCAUAAG